GAUCCAAAAACUUUGCACCAGCCGUCACCCACUCUCCAUGAUCUUUACCUUACUAAAACAUUGUCUGAUCUAAAAAUUGGUGUAUUCUCUGAUUGGAAUAGACAAGUCAUCGAUCCUGCUAUUACUUCUUCUCUCAAUGCAUUCAUUGAUGAAUUUAAACUUCGCGGUGCCGAGUUUAUUGAAAUUGAUAUUCCGGAAUUAAAUGAAGCACAAAUAGCUCAUUCAAUUACUGCUUUAUCCGAAUUCUGCUCCUCUGUGAAUGGAUACCAAAAAUACUUGCAUUUGUUGAGUUUCCCUAAUAGAGUAGGCAUCGCGACAUACAGUAAUGCGAAUGCUUCGGAUUAUAUUAAAGCUCAACAAAUUCGUACGCGUAUGAUGCGUAAUUUAUCAGUCUUAUUCUCUGAUGUUAAUCUUAUUUUAACACCUACUUGCGCCAUAACUGCUCCUCCAAUCUAUCCGGGAGCUUUAGAAUCUGGUGAAAUUAAUCUUUCUGUUACAUCAUAUGGAACAAGAUUUACACAUUUAGCAAAUUUUAUUGGUAUUCCUGCCGUUACUGUACCAGCAGGUUAUAAUGAUAAAAAUUUUCCAAUUGGAUUACAAUUUAUGGCAAAAUGGUAUGAUGAAGCAACAUUAUUAAGAGUUGCUAAAGUUUCGGAGGAAAUAUUUGGAACUAAAAGACGAAGACCUGCUGAAAAAUAUUGGUUUG